GUUAGCGGCGUUUUAGUUGCCAUGGAGACCGGACAAGACAGGGACCGCCAGUCAGCCCAGUCUGGGUCCUACGCGUUCGCUGGGGCAACGUGGACUCCAACCUCGCGCCUGGACCGGAUUCGCGGCCCUGGCCAGUCCACCUGGCUGUCCCUCAUCUACCCCGAGGCCUUCCACUAUGGUUUCAGGACUCGGCCCCGCCGCCUCUCGCCCCUUGGAUCCUCGCCGUUUCCUGAGCCGCACCUGCUGCGUCUGCGCCCCACCUCGCUUUGCACCCAGGACAUCUCGCACUUGCUCACCAGCGUUUUCCGUAAUGUGUACACGGCUGAAGUGAUCGGCGAAGACGUGAGCGCGAGUUUGAUCAAGGCCCGCGGCAGCGAGGAUGCGCGCCACGAGGAGUUCGUGGACGAGCUACAGCAGAUUCGGCAACUCUAUAAGCAGCGGCUGGAUGAGUUUGAAAUGUUGGAGAGGCAUCUCAUUCAGGCCAGUGCACGGACCCUUGCGGAGAAAGAACGGGCCAUGCACCAGGCCAAAGCACAGGUCCUGGAGCCCUUCAUCAAGCUGUCUCCAGGCACCUUGGUCCCUGGGUAUUCAAAACUGACAUUCAGUUUUGAGAAGCGUUCCAUCCCAAAGAAAGAGCUGACCAAUAAGUUUGAAGCUUCAUGCAAGAAGACACUCACUAAGCCUGAGGAUGAGUUAGACUACACGAUGGACAGCGUGACAUGGGACUCAUCUUCAAAGGCCAAACUCAGGACCAAAGAGACUGUCAAGAAAGCAAGUCUACCAAAGAAUAAAAACUGGAUGAACCAUUUAGGUGUGCCACAGAGAGAACUGGAGCGACUUCGGCUUGCCAGAAUGGAAAGUCGGAACCACUUCCUGAAAAACCCUCGGUUUUUCCCUCCUAACACUCCAUAUGGAGGCAAGUCUCUUGUCUUUCCUCCCAGGAAGCCAGCACUGAUAGGAGAAUUCCCAAGUGGAGAUCUGGAACAGAGGUGUGUCUUUAUGGUAAUCUCCCUGCAGAACACCACCUCGACCAGCCGCUACCUGCGAGUCCUCCCGCCUUCUACUCCGUACUUCUCUCUGGGAUUGGGGAUGUUCCCUGGAGAAGGUGGAAUGGUGGCUCCUGGAAUGACCUGCCAGUAUGUUGUCCAGUUUUUACCCGACUGCCUUGGGGAUUUUGAUGAUUUUAUUAUAGUCGAGACCCAGUCAGCCCACACACUUCUGAUUCCCCUGCAGGCCCGGAGGCUGCCCCCAGUGCUGACGCUGUCGCCAGUGUUGGACUGUGGUUACUGCCUCAUUGGGGGAAUCAAGGUGACCAGAUUCCUCUGCAAAAAUGUGGGCUUCAGCAUCGGCAAGUUCUGUGUUAUGCCAAAAAAGAGCUGGCCACCGCCAAGUUUCAGGGCUGUAGCAACCGUUGGCUUUGUUGAGCAACCUCCGUUUGCGAUCCUGCCUUCCGUGUUUGAGCUGGCUCCAGGGAAGGCCAUAUUAAUGGAGGUCUUGUUCCUCCCAACAAGCCUCGGACCGGCAGAGCAGACCUUCAUCAUCGUGUGUGACAACUGCCAGAUAAAGGAGCUGGUGACUUCAGGAAUCGGGCAGCUGGUUGCUUUGGAUCUGAUCUAUAUUUCUGGUGAGAAAAGUCAGCCAGAGCCUGGAGAGCUCACAGACCUAACAGCCCAGCACUUCAUACGCUUUGAGCCUGAAAACCUUCAGUCCACAGCUAGGAGACAGCUGAUUAUUAGAAAUGCUACGCACGUGGAGCUGGCCUUCCACUGGCAGAUCAUGAAACCCAACCUGCAGCCCCUGAUGCCCGGAGAAAGCUUUAGCAUGGACAGCAUCAAGUGCCAUCCCGACAGGGAGACGGCCUUCUCCAUCACGCCCGAGCGGGGGGUUCUCAACCCUCACACGGACCACGACUUCAUCCUGAGCUUUUCUCCUCACGAGCCGAGGGAUUCUCACAGUGUGCUCCAGAUGGUGCUAGAGGAAGUCCCAGAGCCCAUGAGUUCAGAACUGGAAAACCUGACGGAGCUGUCAUACUCUGUGGAUGAUGUGAUCGUCCUGGAAAUCGAGGUGAAAGGCUCAGUAGAACCUUUCCAGGUUCUCUUAGAACCGUAUGCCCUCAUCAUCCCCGGGGAGAACUACAUUGGCCUAAACGUGAAGAAAAGUUUUAAGAUGUGGAACAACAGCAAGUCAUCCAUCAGGUACACGUGGGGGAAGAUCAGCAAUUGCCACAUCAUUGAAGUGGAACCCUGCACAGGGACCAUAGAGUCCAACGAGGUCGAGGAGUUUGAGUUGAAGUUUACUGGAGGUGCCCCUGGCCCAACAAGCCAGGACCUGCUGUGUGAAAUCAGAGACUCACCCUCGCCCGUGGUGUUGCACAUCGAGGCGUCCUUUAAGGGGCCUACCCUCGUCAUCAACAUCUCAGCCCUUCAGUUUGGUUUGCUGCGCCUGGGGCAGAAAGCCACCAACUCCAUCCAGAUCCAGAACACCAGCCCACUCCCAGCCACGUGGCACAUGAAGGAGAGUCCGGUCUGCCUCGAAGAAAGGCAUGAGGGUGUUUCUCCUUUCGAGAUUGAGCCCUCAAGUGGCCAGGUUCACCCUCUGGGAGAGUGCAGAGUGAACAUCACCUUGGAGGCCCUGCAGUGCCAGCGUCUGCAGACCGUCCUGGUGCUGGAGGUGGUAAACGGGGCCUGGAG